AAAGUUAUUGGUGGAUUCAGUGACUGUUACAUCUGCUAACGUUAGCUGGAGUCUGGCAAACAAAAUGAGGCAAAGACCAUACCGAUUUCUCAUCUAUUAUGGGACUGAAGACGAUGAUCCAGAAGCCAUCUCUACAGAGUCAUACACCACAGACAUCACAGGCUUGACUCCAGGAACUGAAUAUUUUCUUAGAAUAUCCACAGUGCUUCAUGGAGAGCAAAGCAAGCCUAUUGAAGCUUCUUUCUUCACAGAUAGUGUUCACAGUAAGAUUCAACUGACAGGAGCAUUACCAGAAAGCAAGCUAUCUGCUCUCUCUAGAGUGUGGACGUUUUACACUGUGGCUCCUGGAAAGGCACAGAAUAUGGUUCAGCUCAUCAGCACGUGGCUGAAAGAAAGGCAUAUGAAAGAAGAAGAGUCACCUGAGGAAUGUGACUUCAUCCUGGCUGUCUGUCCAAUUGUAUCUCGUCUUGCCAUAGACGUUGAGACAAUUCAGAAAAUGAUUCCUGGCUCCCACCCUGCCAUUCUGGUAGUGGUACACCACACCUUUAGACCAGAUUAUGUGGUUCCUGACAGCAAAAAGUUUCUCAGAAGAAGUGACAUUCUACUGGUGGACCUCCUUUUUGAUGAGGACAAGGGAUUUCUGCACUUGCUGCCAAAACACAGCAUGCGGUCAAAAGAAAGUGGAGGUCUGGAGUGGUCGAAAGACAUGAGUGGAGGUGUGGGUACAGAUAAAACCGUCCGUCGCAAACUAAAACCAAAAUUAUCAUCGAGACGUGCAGGAAUGUACCUGUAUGGCGAUGAUGAUGAGGAUUAUGAUGAAACUCCGAAUUGGCCCCCACCGCCACCUCCGGUGGAGGCAUUUCCAAUGGUGGAACUGCCCAAUCCAACAUUUAGGCCAGAAGCGGCUGCGGGUGACAAUGUUUUGGAGAGGGGAGAAUUCCUCUCUGUGCACUCUCUCCUCUUGGCGCCAGAGUAG